CGGAGGAGUGGUCUGCCUCGGGCCGCAGCCGGCGCAUCAACGGCGUCUACAUCUGCGAGGUGUGCGGUGACACGUAUGCCAUGCUCCGGGACCUGCUCAAGCACGAGAAGGAGCACAAGGAGGCCAAGUACCCCUGCCCGAUGUGCAAUAAGUCCUUCACUCUGCCGAAACUCGUACGCAAACAUCAGAAGUUCCAUAAGGUGACCACCACCUACCAGUGUCAGCAGUGCGAGCUCAAGUUCCGCUCGCAGGCGCCGCUGCUCGAGCACAUGCACGAGCACACGGGCGACGCGCACUUCUCGUGCGCCACGUGCGACCGGACGUUCACCAGCGGGCCGCGCUACCGGGCGCACGUGCGCUCGCACGCGCCGCGUCCGCCGGGGCUGGCGUGCUCGGUGUGCGGCCAGCAGCAGCCCGACUGCGGCCGCCUCUUCGACACCGAGAAGCGGCUCGCGCACCACCUGCUGCAGCACAUGGGCGAGCGGCCCUGGCGCUGCUCCAUCUGCCACAAGGAGCUCAAGACCAAGUACUCGCUGCGCGACCACGUGCGCUCGCACUCGGGCGAGCGGCCGUUCGCGUGCGAGCUGUGCGCGGCGCGCUUCGCGCUGCGCUCCAACCUCAUCAUGCACGUGCGCUACGUGCACCAGAACGACAGACGCUACGAGUGCCGCGUGUGCGGCAAGAGGUUCAAACGGCGCCGCCUGCUCACCUACCACGAGAUGGUGCACGAGGGCCACCGGCCGCUGCGCUGUCCGCACUGCCCCCUGCAGAUGGUGUACCCGGAGCACCUGAAGCAGCACCUGCGCACGCACUCCGGCGAGAAGCCGUACCGCUGCGACGUGUGCAGCAAGCACUUCAGCCGCGGCGACAACCUCAAGGCGCACAUGUUCACGCACAGCAACAAGAAGCCGUUCGAGUGCCGCCAGUGCGGCCUCGGCUUCAUGCGGAAGAUGUCUCUGGUGCAGCACAUGGAGCAGAUGAACCACGGCGAACAUCCGGACGAUUAUGUCAUCAACCGCACGCUGGUGACGACGGAGCCGGCGCAGCCCGACGAGGUGGUGCACACCUUCGAGCUGGUCGACUCCAAGGACGGACACGUGGUGAUGCUGGUGAGGGGCGACACGCAGCAGGAGAUGCUCAUCGGGGACGGCCGGUUCGUCACCACCGACGGGCACCAGACGGAGGACGGCGGGGGGCCGGACGUGUCGUUCCUGACGAGCGAGGUGCAGUACAUCACGCCGGACGGCCAGCAGCUGGACCUAAUCAUCGACGACCGGGGCGACGCGGAUGGCGAGCCGCGGCUGGACCUGGUGAUCGAGCAGGAUGCCGAGCAGCUGGGGACGCCGGCCGUCAGCCCGCGCCAGGUCGGCCUCAUCAUCGAGCAGGCCGAGGCGGCCGGCGAGCGCGUGGCCCUGGUGCUGGAGGGCGGCGGCGCCAUGCUGGAGGAGGACGGCUCGGUGCUGGAGGCGGGAGUCUCGCUACUGGACAGGGACGCGGACCGACCCGCCGCCAUCUGCGACGCGUCAGCUGACUGAUCGGCUGACCGGACGCACCAGGCGGUGCCGGGGAGGGCUGGGCCACGCGGGGGCGCCAUCACUGGUGGUAUGACCAGAUCUAGGAACGCAAUGCCUGUGCACGGAUAGGCGGAAUUUAUAUAAUUUUAUCGGAGGCAAGGGCGGCGCCACCGGGACGGGUGAGGAGGGGAGGAACACCGUGUAUCAGCUUUAAAUGCUGUUAAUGAAAUGCCGGGCUUACGAUGUUGUAUGGCAGACUUAAAACGCUUUCCGACCCAUCCAUUAUCUGCCCACCCCCCUCCGUAACGAUCCGGCUGCUUCACCGCCGUCCGGAGCGGCCGCAGUGGCAGUCGUGUUACCGUGGUUACCCACUGGUGUCGUCUGAGGUUCAGUUGGACGGAACAGUCCCCUGCGAAGGAUCAUGCGUGCAGUUACCGGCCGGUGUUCUAUAGAUCUCCGCGCGGGCGCCCUGGGCCGCUCCCCUGUACUGAGGCCGCUGGCGGCGGUCCGCUCCAGUGGGGUUCAGCGGGCGGCGGCACGCCGACGUCGGCAGGGCGGUACCGUUUCCCGUCAGCCGGCUGGCCGUGUUUCGGCCAUCAAUCACCAGCUCUCGAGCUUUUUGUGCAUAUCGAUCUCCGUAGCGACCUCUGCGCCGGGCUGUCGUGCCGCAUUCGCCAGUUCCGGGCUUACGUAAUGUACUCGUCCCCGCCGCUGAUGCACGGACGGAGGCGCUCGUGGCCGCCUGAUCCCGGCUGUAAUAAAUCAGGCGGGGGCAAACCAGGGAUCCGUCGAUGUGAGUGUCUGUGCGACGGGUCCCCGCGGCGGCGGAAACUGGCUCCGCUGGAAUUACGGCAUGGCACGCUCGGGUCGCUGGCAAGGUGGCACUGUAUCGUUGCGGUCACUGCCGCCCAGCCUCCGUGUUUUAAACGUACACAUGUGAUACUUCUUUAUGCACACAUUGGUAAUCGUCUGGCGUGAUCUGCUUGGUCCGUAGCUGGAAGGUGUGAAGGCCUUGUGUCGGUGGCAUAUG